AUGACUACAACAGCAAAUGGUAUCCCAAGUCCUCAUUCAUCACAGCAACAAUCAUCAGAAGAGUUUGAUUUAUCAGAUAUUGAAACUCGUUUUUAUCAAAAUCAACUCUAUAUCAACAUUACAAAACUAACAAAGAAGUUGAGAAAAGUCAAAAAAGACCACACGUACUAUCUGCCCAAAAAAUACACAUGCUUCAGCUUCAUGAAUGAAUCAUCAUCAGCUAAAUAUGUAGAUUGUUUGUGGGCUGUUUCAUUUCUUGUCAGUGAUCACAACAAGCAAAAAGAAGAGUUUUUGCAAUGGGUUGCUUUUUGGUUGUAUCAACAACUUCUUUGGAACCAAAUAUCGUACCAAACACCCCUAAUGCCAGUAAUUGAUGACACUGAUAACAUUGACGUAAAGGAUACUCUUGGAUUGCAUUGCUCAAAAUGUGGUCACAGUCAUAUUACUGGUAAUAGAAUUAGCAGAAAGCCGAUUUGGGAAUGCACCUCUCAAUACCGAACCAACAAAGUCAAAUCUGUGAUGAAUGUUCAACAAAUAUGUUCAAUGCUUGGCCUGGGUUUCAUACAAGUGUUAGGUUUACAUUUCCAACAAUAUCUAUCAUCAUUUGUCGAACUUUUGUGUUACGUUUGUUAUAAACCUGGUACUGAUCAAGUUGUAAAAUCCAGGUUCAUAUUUCUCAGACAAUUAUUUAUGAAUUUAGAGGUCCCAACUUUGCGUAUUUCCAAAUAUGAAAUGUUGUUACUUAAAGAUUUUAUGCUUCUUAGUGAUGAACGAUAUCAACAUAUGAUCAAUUUCAUAGGACUGAAUAAUGUGUUACCUUGUUCCAAAACGCUCUAUAGGUUACGUAAAACGGUCAAUGAUUCAAUAAUAUCAGCAUAUGAAGUGAAACAAUCUAAUUCUACAUUAUAUCUCAACUACGUACCUGUGUUGAAAGACAUGGUUAAAAUUCAUCACAAUGAAUGCAAGGAUAACCCACAACCUUUGUCUAAAUUAGAGCUUAAAUUUGUAAUUGAUAAAGGAGCAAGAACCUUUUUAGUAGGUGCAGUUGGUCCUUUAAAUUUAAAAUUGGCACCUCAGUCAAGACAUUCCUAUAUUUCAUGUGUUGCAAUGGAUGAUGAUGAAAAUAAGGAAAAUUCUAAAAAAAUAUUUUGCUAUCUAAUCAACGUAUUGGAAUCAUUGGAGAUCAGAAACGGAAUUGCUUACUGUGAAAUGAACAACACUGUCUUAGCCAUUGAUCCAUAUAUAAUUAAUGAUUUGAAAAUGGUUGGACAUGUCUCUGAUUUGAAUGAAAAUGGUUGCUUUUGUCCCUAUUGCAUGUGUCGUAAAGAACGUAGACAUUUCUUUGAUGAAAAACAUACAACUCGUACUCUUAAAUAUUGCAUUGAUCAAAAAGUGACAAUUCAUACCAUUAUUUGCGCCCUUCAUAUGAAACUUAGAAUUGUUUCGAAUUUGAUUUCCCAAGUGCUUCUUCGUAUUAACUCGCCUUCAUUAUGGGAAAUAAUUGAGACUAGAAUUAGCAAGUUAUAUCAUUGCUCUCAAUUUCAAUUUAGAAAUACUGAGGCUGAAGAAGAUGAUGAUAGCAAAGGAGAUCAAUUUCUUCCACAACUGCCUUAUUUAAAUGGAAAUCAAGCAAAUGUCAUCUUAUUCAAUUUUGAAACUGUGUUUGAUGGAAUUUUUGAUUAUAUGGAAAUCAUGAUUUGGUUGUUGACAAGAGUUAUUUUGUUCCAAUAUGUUGAAGGAGUAGAUACACUCAAAGGAAAUAUGCAAGCUAAGUGUAGAUUAGAAAUAUUAUGUAAAUGGCUUGGCAAAUUGUUGAGAGAGAAAUAUCCAGCUUCAAAAUUUGCUUUCUAUUUUCAUAUUCUUAUUGUUCAUAUUCCUGAAUUAAUAUUUCUAUUCGGUCCAUUGUGGAGAUAUGCAAACGAAGGAAGUGAAAAUAUUCAUGCUGGUCAUAUCCUCGGAUUAGAACGAGCUACUGCAGCAGGUAAAGAAAAUUCUCCAAUGGUACAAUUAGUUUUCCAAGAGCUUCGUAGAAUCUAUCUUUCAAGUACACACAAUAUUCCAUGGCAAGCAAAACUUGUUGAUGAUGGUAGUGAUGAUGGAAUGAUGUUUGAAUGGUCCUCCGAAGAACAAAUUUACACUCUACUCAUGAAGUUGGAGGUUGCUGAAGAGCGUCAAAUUGGAAGCUGGAAAGGAAUGUUGUACGAGUUAAUGAAAGCUAGUAUCAAGAACAUUGAUACAACGAACACAAGUCGGGAAGAAACACAAGAAGCUAUUUUUUUGAGAACAAUUUUGUAA